AAAUCUCAAAAGGGUCCGAAAACUUUAGAAAAAGUCAGAACACAAAUUAUUAGCUCCAGUUGACCACAACAACCCUGGUCAAUCUUAACAACAUCUUCAACGCGCAAAACAUUUGGGUAGUGCCGUAUUUACUUCGUCGGCUCUAUACCUACCUCGUUGAAAUUCCUUUUUCUUUUUUUAUUCGUCGCGUGCCUUCUCAUAGUAAUAUCCUCUUUCUCGUUUUAAGGCUCCUAUGAGGCAGCGCCAUUCGUUUCUAUCGUCUCUCUUGGCUACGGAAGUGGACCGGAGCUGAUAACACACGACUUGACGUUUACCUUACCUUCCAACCGCGCAGCCUUCGUGCAAACAAUAACUCACCAGGUUGCCCGUUCGUCAACCUUGCGCCAACAAAAUACCAAUUCAUAUAUCGGCGACGGUUUAAGUCGCAGAAGCAGUGGAUAGCCACUGCUUCGUCACCCCCAAGCCGGCAAGAUGAACGGUAAUCAUCUGCCGGCUGGGCAGCCUAUGCCAGGAGGUAUUCCCGGAGGAGCAGUUGUAGCUAGAGGACAAGUUGAUAUGGGACCUGGUCCGGGACCUGGUGGUCGACGGCGACCCCAGCAUCAGUAUCCAUCCCAUCAUCAAUAUCACCACCAGCAACACAUGAAUGCCAUGUACCACCAUAACGGCUACAUGGCUCCUUAUCCUCAGACUUACUAUCCUCAGGUUGCGCAUCACUAUCAGAAUGGCGCCAUGGCCAACGCUUCAUAUAUGCAAUAUAACCAGUUUGCUCAACGAUCUCCCCCCAUAAUUCACCAACAAUACCCUCCUAUCGUGUCCUCGAGCAUGCAGCCUAUUCCUCAGCCGCCUUAUUCUCGACCACCUCCGCCGCAACAACCUUCACCAGCGCUUUCGACUCCUCCGCCUUAUACCGUUGCAGCACCACCUCCGCCUCUUCCGGUACCCGAAACACCUUCUUCAACACACUCGUCCCAAGUUCUUCCAACUCCGUUAACACCUCCUACGCCGCAAAACCAGGAAGCCGCUUCUGUUGCCCCGGAUGUGGAGUUGCGGGCGACCGAGUCACCGUUCAGGCCACCGCUACCCUGGUUGUCGCGACCUGACGUGCCCUUUCCUACCAAGUCAGCUCGAUCUAGGAGAAGACGGCGAAUACAGAAUCCUGAUGCGGAGAAUGUUGAGUUGCCCUCAAAUCAGCCUAAGGGAGUAGAAUCGGAGGCUGCGUCGCAUGAGGAGGCUUCGGGAGGCGACGGCUCAUUACUUGCAACCCCUACACUAAAAUCUACUACUCCUGCCGUGCCGACUAACACAGAUACAGAGCUACCAGCGCAGCCUGAAGCUGGGUCGACAAAAGAUGUGUCCUCGGACACCUCACAAUCUAUUUCUCCCACCCCUCCUCAGCCAGCUCAAGCAGGUCCGCCUGUCGCCGCUGCAUCGGGCAAGCACGCUAAGACCGCUUCUCUUGCAGCUAUACCAGCUGUUCCGAUUGUACCGGUAAAAUCUAAAGUAGGGUCUAAAGACACAAGUUCGUCCGGUGUGGAAACCAAGCCAGUGGAAGAGAAGCCCUCGCAACAAACAACAGAGGAAAAGUCUGCUGAUACUGCAGAGACCUCCCAAGUAUCUCAACCGGAAGCAAAAGUAGAACCUGCCCCUGCUCCUACCCCUGCUCCCGUCCCCGUUAAAGCUGCUCCGAAACUCUGGACCGGACUGUUUUCGCGUACAACGUCCGCUGCUUCUCCUUCGACGAGCGCCGCCGGUACGGGAUCCGGCACUGGUGUCACAACAAACAAUGCCUCUGAUGGUAAUGCCUUGGGCAAUGGAGGUGCGGGUGUAGGCAGUUUUAUAAAGGCAAACACUAGUUCUUUGGCCGAGGCCCUGCGAGCAUUCCGCGUGGGUGGCGGUCAAAAAAUCUCGUUCCUAGAGCCUAGGGGUUUGAUUAACACUGGGAACAUGUGCUAUAUGAAUUCGGUUUUACAAGUUCUCAUUUUCUGCAUUCCGUUUUACGAUUUCUUGGACCAGGUCAGCAAAAAAGCGGCGCAUAGUUUUAAAAGCGAGACCCCCCUAAUUGAGGCCAUGAUUAUGUUCAUGCGCGAAUACAAAGUCAUUGAUUCAGCAGUUUCUAUUGAACAGCUUCGGCGGAGAUUGAAGAGCGAAGAACUCGAACAGUACGGCGAGCCAUUCACACCUGAAUUUGUCUAUGAAGCUAUAAGGAAGCUCCCUAGAUUCGCUAGCAUGAGACGUGGACAUCAACAAGACGCUGAAGAGUUCCUGGGUUUCCUUCUAGAAGCACUACAUGACGAGUGCACGCAAGUUAUGCGCAACCUCCCAGACUUGUCUGCUACAACUACAGCUGCAAACUCAUCAGCUGCCACUCCUUUGGCGACAUCUCCGACUAGCACGCCAGACACCAACGAUUGGUUAGAGGUGGGACGACGUCAACGCUCUGCAGUUACACGUUCUUCUGGACACCCAGUUACUUCUUCUCCUAUCACAAAGGUGUUUGGUGGUCAAUUAAGAUCUGAAUUGCGAGUACGAGGCCUAAAGGAUUCCGUAACUCUAGAGCCCUUUCAGCCUCUUCAAUUGGACAUUGGUUCACCUCAAGUUAACAACAUUGUCGAUGCGUUGAAGGCGCUCACUAGGCCCGAAAUUCUACACGGUGAUUUUGGAUCACCAAGGGGAAAGGAUGCCACAGCCACCAAACAGGUUCUUAUCGAAUCCCUGCCGCCUGUCCUCAUAUUGCACCUAAAGCGCUUCCAGUUUGAUACCGAAGGCACCGGGACCGUCAAAAUCUGGAAGAAGGUUGGAUAUCCGCUGGAGCUUGAACUUCCCAAAGAGUUAUUUUCACGACAGAAGAGAAACGCCCUUACUGCAGAAGGUGCAGGCUUUCCUAAAUACAGACUGAUUGCUGCUGUUUAUCACCAUGGCAAAAAUGCAAGCGGUGGACACUACACAGUCGAUCUCAGACGCCAAGAUGGCGUAGAAUGGAUUCGCAUGGAUGACACAGUCAUCCGACGAGUGAGAAGUGAGGAUGUUGCCGAAGGAGGUUCUGAAGAGGAUGGCCCCAAGCCUUCGGCACGGGUUGAGAAGGACAGCGUCAUGAGCGGUUCUGGAAAUAGAUUUGAAGGAAUCGGUGACGACGAAGCUGGUGAUGACGAGGGAUGGAAUAAGGUCAGCGCUCCGGCGAACGGAGCAAAGAAGUGGAGUUCCGUGGUUAACGGAGCAUCGAACAACGCGCACAUGAAAGGAAAGCAGAUUAAAGACAAUAUCAAGGACAACAAAGUUGCCUACCUGCUGUUCUACCAGAAAGUCUGAGGAGCUGCGUAGCUUCAGUUCGACUGGCAACAGGAAGGCUGACAGCCACUGAUGCCAUAAGGAGUCUAUGUUCGAGUUGGGGAUGGUGGUAUGCCUACCGGUGGCUAAUUACCGCUUGAUACCACGGUUACUGAGGUGUAUCGCAAUUGUCCAAGUAUGGAAGGGGGUUAUUCAGGGACCGGGGGAAAAAAAGGGGGAGGCGUAGAGGUGAUAUUCGAUUCGCAAGUCCCGGGUAUCUUACCGCGGAUACGACUGCAUUGGACCGUUGAUCCGGCAAAAGUAUUUGCAUAUGGGGGGAUAACAUAUGGGGAGCUUAGGUAUGAUAUCUCUUGUGGUCAUCAUCAUACUCCCGAAUCUUCAUCCUGUCUACCAUUAGUUCCUUACCUAACGACCGAUAAUGGAGAUCUACCAUGACCCCUCCUAGAGUAUUGAAAAGUGAUUCACGAACUUAAUAGACGCGAUUGCAUUAAAAUAUCUCCCUUCUUACUGGGUAUCACUUAAAGUCCAUACUUUACGAGUUAAUGGUAAGCUAAUUCUAUGUUCUCAAGAGGUGUCACGUCGCAGAGCAUGAGGUAGGGUAACAACUUCGUUGUUCCGUGAGGAGCUCUAACUACGAUAGCUUUG